CUAUUAGGCGCAGAUGGACGUAUGGUGAUCGCGCGUGCGUGGAUUUCAGUGCGAGCCGAAUCGCGUAAUGAAUAAAUAAUAGAGACAUUGCUUUUUGAGUAGUGCUGUGCUGUGUAUGACUGGCGUUUUAGAUGGGGUUUGAUAAAUAGACGUUGCUAUGACGAUGCUUGCUAUGGCUCGAGGUUCUGACGAGAGAAGAGAAGACGAUAUAGAGGCAGAAGGAGAGACGAACGGCGAGGUGGAUGUGGUUGGGGUCGAAGAGGCCGCACCGGUGGAUCUUACAAGACGUUUGGGUUUAACAAGGCCUCCCGAAAGGCCCGCAAUAGCUUUUUCUGUAGAAAAUAUAUUGGAUCCCACCAAGUUCACGGGGCGAUCUGAGGUUCCUUUGAGAUACGACGAGACUUAUUGGCGACCGCAUUAUGAUAGAGAUGACAGUGAUUCUGUCAAAGACCACCUUCAAUCCGACAUCGAAGCCGACGAUGUCGAGACUGACGACCAGACAUCCACCAUGGAUGAUGACAUCCUCACCCAAUCAGACCUUGACGAGAACGGAGACCCGAAAAGUCCUAGCAGUUCCAAAAAAGGCAAAAGUUCCCGAGACUCAAAGGGUGGUACUAAACCAAGGCGAGCAAGAACAGCUUUUACCUAUGAGCAGCUGGUUUCUUUGGAGAAUAAGUUUAAGACGACAAGAUAUUUGUCGGUGUGCGAAAGGCUUAAUCUUGCUUUAAGCCUUAGUUUGACAGAAACACAGGUCAAAAUAUGGUUUCAAAACCGUCGCACAAAGUGGAAAAAGCAAAACCCUGGUAUGGACGUCAACAGUCCCACAGUUCCACCUCCGGCGGGAGGCUUCCCGUCAGGGCCCUAUCCAGGAGGCCUUCUCUACUCCCACGGCGUGCCCUACCCCUUCACAGGUCCGGGCCCCUACGCGCCAUACUUCCACCACCUGGCUGCGAACCACCACCACUCUCACGGAUCUUUGGGUCAUUCCCACACGUGAUUAUGGCAGCGGCCAGGGUCCCAGGACCCGAGGGUCGAGAAGGAAACCGAAUGUGGACUAUCGAAUUGAAGUCAAGGAUAUUAGAAACAUGUGAAUAGACUACGUUUUACAGUUCUCGCCUUGGUAUGGUGAAUGUGACUCUUACUACAAGACUUAGUAAAUGGGUCAAAAUUCAAAGUACCUAUUUGUAGCUAACAGCUAGCUUGUACGAUUUGUAUGGACAGCCUUAUUAUAUGUUUAUUUUGACUUAUUAUGCAAUUCGUAAAUCUGUUUGUGAUUACGUUUAUUAGAUACCGUUAAGUUAAAGUGAUGCCCUUGUAAACCAAAAAUGUUAUUUUAAAGUGUUUAUUUAGUGCAAUUUAGCGUAAGUGAAUUAUGAAUCGGAUGUGAUAUGGUAACAUAAGAUUUGUAAUUAAGAUUUCGUUUUGUAGUUUACGAGAAUAAGAUAUCAAAUUUCAUUUGUAUUAUUCCGUAAAAUGGCUUAUUGUAAUAACUAUAUUCAAGAAUACAGCUGUAAAAAUUAUUUCCCGUCCAUAUUGCAUUGUCAACGAUUGAAAUGUAUUGAAAUAAAAUGUUACUUUAAUCAAUUGUACCAUUAUAUUUAAGCUCAGUGUAAAUUAUGUCAUAAAAGCCCUGUUCUGAGCAUCUACUAGCUUUAUUCGAAUAUAAUAAACGCAUCAUGUACCUACACAAGACAACACUACAAUAAUAGCUAAUAAAUGAUAUAUACCAAUGGCGCUAUAACCUUCAGGUCAGGGCCUCAGAUUUAUGUAUCAUUUCUAAUAGAAAAGAUGAUCA